AUGCAGUUCGGGGUCAACGUCGAACGAUGCGUAUGGUCUGAAGCGCGCAAACGCUGGCGGAUGACGAUUCGCCAAUAUGCAACCGGCAAGAUCUUUUAUCACGAGUGCCAAUUCCUCUUCGCAGCCACCGGACAGCUCAUGCAGCCACGGGAGAUCGAUGUCCCCGGCGCUAGCAACUUUCAAGGCCGUAUCUUCCAUUCUUCCCGCUGGGAUAAGGGUGUGGAAAUCGAGGGUAAGAGGGUGGUAGUAUUCGGCAAUGGAUGCACCGCGUCGCAAAUUGUACCCGCCAUUAUUGACAAAACCAAGCAUCUGACACAGGUCAUCCGUGCAAAACAUUGGUUUAUGCCACCCGUCGAUUCCGAGAACACAGAUUUAAUGAAAAAGUUUUUAAGAUAUAUUCCGGGAACGAUGUCAUUGCAACGGUUCAUUUGCUAUGCGAGCGCAGAGGACGCUCUUCGAGGAUUCUACAUGACAGAUGCCGGUAAUAAGUAUCGUCAAAGAGCCAGGGCUCAAGCAGAGAAAUACAUGAGGGAAACGGCACCAGCGAAAUACCACGACAAGUUGAUUCCCGAUUUCGAACUUGGAUGCAAGCGACGUAUCUUCGACGCUGGUUACCUUGAAAGCCUUCACUCGGAGAACCUCACAUUGUUAGAUGAGCCUGUACAGGAGAUUGUGCCAGAGGGCAUUCGUACACGAAACGGCGUUGUAGAGGCAGAUGUGAUUGUUAUGGCUAAUGGCUUUGUGACGAACAAUGCCAUCGGGGGGUUGGAGGUCAUUGGUCGUGAAGGGGAGACGAUUGAUCAACACUGGGAAUCUUUCGGUGGUCCAGAAGCUUACAAUUGCACCAUCGUCAGCGGUUUCCCCAAUUUCUUCAUACUCCUUGGGCCCAACUCACUUACGGGGCAUACAUCUGCCGUCAUCGCAGCUGAGAAUUCCGCAAACUUUGCUCUCCGCAUCAUCAAACCACUUCUUGACGGUAAAGGCACAGCUAUCGAAGUAACCCGCAAGGCAGAACAACAAUACGUGGAACAGAUGCAGAGGGACAUGCGAAACACUGUUUGGUUCACCGGAUGCACGAGUUGGUACUUAAAAGAUACCAAAGACGGCAAGAAGUGGAACGGGUCAACCUACCCUUACUCUCAGGCAUACUUCUGGUACCGCUGCCUGUUUCCCAACUUCAAAGACCUGCAGAUCAGUGUAAGUUACAACUAG